CCCUCAGAAACUGAAGUGGUAGGCUGAGUGGUGACGAUAGACGUGGAAGUGAAAGCAGGUUGCUAGUCUUUUACAGCAGUCAGAGAUGGAUAAGUUCAGGACGGUUCUGAAUAUUGCCAACAAACAGACUAACCUUGGUUUCGGCUUGGUUGCCAUGCUGACAGCAGGAGGGGAGCAGAUCUUUUCCUCAGCGGUGUUCAGAUGUCCCUGCAAUGAGCUGAACUUCCUGUACGGCAUGGUGUUCAUGCUGGUGCCUGCUCUAGUUCUGCUGCUGCUGGGUUACAUCCUGAGUAAGAAGACGUGGAAGACGUUGACAGGUCUGUGCCAGAACAGGGCCAAGCUGUGUGGCUGGAGGAGGCUGACCGCCACCGGGACGGCCCUCUUCCAGAUAAGCAUUACUGCGCUGGUAGCGCCUUCCAGCUGGAUUGCUGUGGCUCUGCUCAACGGGAACUACUAUGAGUGUGCGAUAACCGGAACCAAUGUGAGCACUUUCAACAAGCAUCUGUGUGGAGAGAUGUCUCUGGUCCAGUGCCAGAUGGAGCUGUACAAGUUCCCCUGCAGGACAGGCAGCAGAGUCGGGCAGGCUGACAGAGAGGAUGUGCUGCUCACCCUCAGAGCUCAGUCUCAGAUACUGGGUUGGCUGGUCAUCUCCUCUGUCAUGUUGAUCAACCUGCUGCUAAUAUGUGUGGCUCGGUGUGCCUCCCCCAUCAGCUACCUGCAGCUCAAGUUCUGGAGGGCGUAUGCUCAGGAGGAGGGGAACAUGUUUGAUUCAUACAUUACUAAACAUGCCAAAGAGCUUGCUGAGAGAAACCUGAAGAGCUUCUUCAAACAGACACCGCCUGAAAACAUCAUCACUCCUUCCAACAAGGACUGGAAGAAGAUCUCCUCCCUCUACAAGUUCAGCACCAAAGACCACUACUAUAGCACCUUGCACUGGUAUGUGGAGAACUGCCACGAGACCGACAAGGAGAUGAUGAGGAUGACUUCAGUCAAGUCAAGCGAGCCUGCUGAUGACAACCCUGCUGUUCUUCAUUUUGUAGAUGAUGGUGUGAUUUCGCUUUGAGGAAGUUUUAUCACGUCUCACGGGAUUGUCUGUGUUACAGUUAGACUGGUUUACUGAUAGAUUCUAACUGAUAAUAUCAGUAAACUGCACAUAGUGCAGGUCUGGCGUUUAUCCACAGAGCCAAGUGACAGGUGCAAGAUUGGAUUUUGCUUUUAAAGGACAACUUAUUAGCUUAAAUAUCAAGUAGAACAUUCGGCCUUGCCAUAAAACUGCUCCUUGACAUAGAAAUGCUGAAAACCAAUUUUUUUAAUAUGGAGGUAUGUGGACAAUAAGGGGGAUGAGCUGUAUCAAGAUCAUGAUUCCAGUCUUCAGCAUCACCAUCAUCACAUGAUACAUUAUAUCUUUGUGAUAGAAGUGGUUUCAUAAAAGUUAGAGAAGUGUGAUCUGAGGUUUUAGUUUGGUCCAGACCUGCCAGAUCUGAUGGGAAAAGUGAAAGAACAGCACCUGGGGCAGCUUCUGUGACCAUUCCCCAGCUCCCAGGUGUGAAUGUGUGCAGGUGUUCCUGAAAAAGAGAACGGCUGUCAGUGAAAUUACCCAGAAAGAAUAAAUACGGAAAAAAUUCACUUUGCGUUUAAUUGGACAUAGUUGAUCACAAGUUGCAGCUGACUGAAGAAGAAAGAAACUGAAGAAAAUACAAACUGAAUCCAUAAUGUCUUCAGAUUCCACCAAACUAUGACCAAAACCAUGUUCAACUUUUUCUACUUUCACUGCAUGUGCAACAGUUGACAUCCAUAGCACACACCAGAUGCUCCAUGCAUACAGAAGAAGUAGUGAAAGUAUUUAUGUGUUGAUCUAGGGAGUCAGUAUAAUAAACAUUUCUGAAGAGCUGAUGUGUCAAAACUAAGAAAUAGGAGAGGAUAUCAAACCAAUGACUCACACUAAGAUGCUGCUGGUGUGCAGGCUUUCAUAGAAAACAAUGUUUUCAUGUGUGUCAUGAAAUUUAGCUGAUACUUUGUCUUGCUCAGGGACACAUUAGUGUCAUAGUGGGGAGCUGAACCCGGGUCUCUCACACCCAAGGCAUGCGUCUUAUCCACUGUACCAUCACCACACCAAAUGCCACUGGGUGCCCUUAAGAUUCUACUGCCACGCUGUGGAGCUGUGAAGCUGUGAAGCUGUACUUAGUGUUGCUUUGAGUUUUUUUUUUAGUUCAGUCUAUGUGUUAGCAUGCUAACAUGUUCUAAUUAGCACUAACACAUUUAUAAAGCGCAUCCCAAUUAACCUCUCAUUGACACACUCACAAACAGAUGGCAGCGAGCUAGAGUUCCAUGCAAGGUGGUGGCCUGACCAUCGGGAGCAAUUUGGGUUUCAUUGACUUGCCCAAGGACACUUUGACAUGUGGACGGACCGCCAGCCUUAAUUAAUGGACGACCCACUCUAACGCCUGAGCCACAGCGUACAGCUGAGACUGAUGUCCUGACCUAAUGAUGGCACUAAAUAAAAAAGUUAAGAAAUAACCAAGUUGUAACAAUUCAUCCUGUGGGGUACGUCUGAACCAAAUUUCAGAAAAAAAAAAUGAAAUCUGAAAUGUGGAAAAUUGUCAAGUUAAUAAAUAAUACUAAAAACUGUACCCUCCCUGUACCUAAUAAAUAAAAAUGUGAUAUGUCAUUAUCAGUAAAA